CCUCUCCCUCUGUCUCUCUCCUCUCCUCUGUGUCUGUCUCCCCGUCUCUCUCCCGGGUCUCAGUGCCGGAUGGUGUGCGGGAUUCCCCGGGCAGGGGAUGCGAUCUGCCCGGAUUUAGUGGCUCAUCGGUCGCCGCGAUGAUCCGGAUCUUCCCCGACUUCAGUGUGCAGGUGACGGCGGCUCCGGGGGCUGGCGGGGCUCCUCCCGAGCCCGGGGCGGCCAGGAGCGGGGGAACCAACGGGAACCACCCGCACAAUGUGCCCGGGGUCAGCUCGUACCAGCAGCGGGGAGCCUCCAGGCCUAUCAGCGCAUGUACCGUCCCCUGUCCUCCAGACCUCAACCUAAGUUUACAAGCCCUGCGGAAAGAAAAGUCCAGGGACGCUGCCCGCUCCCGGCGUGGAAAGGAGAACUUUGAGUUUUAUGAGCUUGCCAAACUACUCCCUUUGCCCGCGGCCAUCACAAGUCAGCUAGACAAGGCAUCCAUCAUCCGCCUGACCAUCAGCUACUUAAAGAUGAGAGACUUUGCCAACCAAGGAGACCCACCAUGGAAUCUACGUAUGGAAGGCCCACCGCCCAACACUUCAGUCAAAGUUAUAGGAUCCCAGAGGAGGAGGAGUCCCAGUUCUGUGGCCUCUGACGUCUUUGACACUCAUCUAGGAAGUCAUAUCUUACAGUCUCUGGACGGCUUUGUAUUUGCACUAAAUCAAGAAGGAAAAUUUUUGUACAUUUCGGAGACUGUGUCCAUCUACCUUGGCUUGUCUCAGGUGGAGCUGACUGGAAGCAGCAUGUUUGAUUAUGUUCACCCAGGGGACCACGUAGAGACGGCGGAGCAACUCGGCAUGAAACUUCCACCAGGCCGUGGACUUCUCUCGCAGAGUGCCAAUGAUGAUGGUGCCAGUUCAGCAUCUUCAUCCUCACAGUCAGAGACUCCAGAGCCAGUGGAGUCCUCCAGCCCUGGAAUUAUCCCUCAGGACAACUCUUUAGAAAGGUCUUUCUUCAUUCGGAUGAAAUCUACACUGACUAAAAGAGGUGUACAUAUAAAAUCCUCGGGGUACAAGGUGAUUCAUGUAACUGGACGUCUGCGUCUCCGUGUGUCUUUGUCUCAUGGGCGUACUGGGCCAGGACAAGUGAUGGGUUUAGUAGUUGUGGCUCAUGCCCUCCCUCCCCCAACCAUCAAUGAAGUCCGCAUUGACUGCCACAUGUUUGUAACACGUGUCAACAUGGACCUCAAUAUUAUAUACUGUGAAAAUAGAGUCAGUGAUUACAUGGACCUCAAUGCUGUGGAUCUGAUGGGUAAAAGAUGCUAUCACUUUAUCCAUGCCGAAGAUGUAGAAGGAAUCAGGCACAGCCACCUGGACUUGUUGAACAAGGGCCAGUGUGUGACCAAGUAUUAUCGGUGGAUGCAGAAGAAUGGUGGCUACAUUUGGGUCCAGUCCUGUGCCACCAUCGCAAUCAAUGCCAAGAAUGCCAAUGAGAGGAACAUCAUCUGGGUCAACUAUAUCCUCAGUUUACUAGAAUACAAGGACAUUCCGAUGGAUAUUGCUCAGCUACCACAUUUGCCUGAAAAGACAUCGGAAUCCUCUGAGACUUCGGACUCAGAUUCAGACUCCAAGGAUAAUUCAGAGGAUAAUGAUAAUCCGAAGUCAGAUGGAAAAGGGAACCUUUCUGAGCAGAGUGAAGACCCAGAGCCUGAUCACAAGCAACCAGGUCCCCACUCUGACCCAGACAUGAACUGUGAUGAUGAGGCCAACAGCUCAAGUGAUGCUUGCAGUGAAGAAAGUGAAGAAAGCGAAGACUGUGAAGUGAGGAAAACAGAAGAGGAGAUGGAGCAAGGAGGGUUGAGUGCAAUAGGGGCUAUUGGAACUCUAGGAGCAUUGGGCCCUAUGCACAUUAAAGUAGAACGUUACACAGAGAGUGAAACGGACAUGCGUAGACCUGAAUCUUUGAGCUCUGAUAGCGCCAAAGACUCUGAGAGUGCAGAAGAGGAGGAGGAUGACGAGGAAGACACAGGUGUGCGUGUUACUGGUGUUCUAAGCAGACAUCAGCGAAGGAAAAGGAGAAGAAGAAAGGGUUUGGGACCAUGUGGAGGCCGUAGGAGACGUCUCUCUGGAGGAUCCAGUCCUGGUGGGCUAGAGACCACAUUGGGGGAUCCACCAAGAUUGCUCCCUUCCACCCCUCCGCCAACUGGAAACUGUUCUUCAUCUGUGCUAAAGAUCAAGACGGAAAUGUCAGAGCCUAUAAACUUUGAUAAUGACAGCAGUAUUUGGAACUUCCCACCUAAUCGAGAGAUCUCACGAAAUGAAUCCCCUUAUAGUAUGACCAAGCCUCCCACAGGGGGCGAACAUUUCUCCCCUUCCCCAUCUUCCACAGCUGCUGCCCCUCCAGCCCUCCAUGUUUCCAUACCAGACUCUGUUCUCACACCCCCAGGUGGGGCUGAGGGAGCUGGACGCAGCAAAGCGCAAUACUCUGGAUCCUCAGGGGGCUUAGGCCCUGUCAACUCUGACCCUCUUUCACCUCCACUGUCUGCCUCUCCUCGAGAAAAACCUCCCCAAACAAGUGGCCCAUCAAACUCCCUUCUGUACGCAGGUGAGCUUGAAGCACUACAGAGGCUUCAGGCAGGCAACGUGGUCCUUCCUCUUGUGCAUCGCGUGGCAGGAACCCUUGCAGCCACAGGAAGCAGUGGACAGAGGGUAUAUACUACAGGCACCAUUCGCUAUGCCCCAGCUGAGGUGACUCUGGCCAUGCAAGGCAACCUGCUGCCCAAUGCUCAUCCUGUGAACUUUGUUGAUGUAAAUGGCCCAAGUUUUGGUUUGGACCCCAAGACCCCAAUGGAGAUGCUGUACCAUCAUGUCCACCGACUUAACAUGUCUGGCCCAUUUGGAGGAGCUGUGUCAGGUGCUGGUCUUACCCAGGUGCCUGCUGCCAGUGUCUUCACUACAGCUGAGGGGAUAUUCUCCUCUCUCCCAUUUCCAGUGUACAGCAAUGGCAUCCAUGCAGCACAGACUCUAGAACGUAAAGAGGACUGAAAAACGAAGGAGAGAAGUGAAUGAAAAGUAGAGAGAAUGAGGAGGAGAAAAAUGAACAGACUGCAAGAGCAGGGAAAGACAUUAAUAAAUGAUGCAGAAUGUAGGUGGCUAUGUAUUGGUCCUAGGGGCAGCUAAGCCUGGCCACCCAAUGUCUCCUCCACUGCUUCCUAACCCAAGGCCGCAAAACUGGGUUUUCCUCAUGAGUUGUACUUAUGAAUACCUUUUUCCCAAAGCAUUCUGGGACCAGUAGCCCCGUCUUCCGCACCUCAUACAUAUAGCAGGGCUGCACAAAACCUUUUCUCCAUUGGCCUCUUUUUGCGGCUUUGGCUUAGUUGGCAGAUGCCUCUCCUAGGGACCGCUCGCACUGUGCCCGUUGUGCCGUCACUUAGAGUUGGGGGCAACGGCUGCGUUCUGAUCCUUUACAACCUAAAGUAUUCCAGCACUUUGACUCACACAUAGAUUCCCCCAUUUUUGACCCCAGAACUUUAUACGGUCUUAUUUUUACUCCUCACCCAGUCACUGCCAAAAUAAUGAGACAUGGCAUUUUGUGUAGUACUUAUUUUUUUCAUUCUUUUGAGGCCUCUCCCUCUCUGCUGCUAGAACUUAGAUCUGUUAACUCUUAAAUUGCCAGAGAAGUCAAUGCACUGCAUGCUGAUCUGGCAGAAAAGAGUUAACUCAACUUGUACUACUGGAUCCUGAAAGUGUUGUCAGUCUUUCAUAAGCCCACAACAUUGUUAAAAAAUGGUUGAAACAGUUAUCAAGACAGCUACGUAUUGAUGUACCAAGAUGCCUUGUCCUUUCAAGGUUCAUGUAUGUGUAUGUUUAAAGAUGUUUCUUACACUUGUCACUUGCAGGAAAGAAAGUUCUACACACCUGAUUCAUAAAGAAGACUUUCAUCAAAGUUGGAUUCAGGCAGAUCCCUGAAGUUAGCUGUUUGUAAUGUCUUAGUAUCAUGUGAAUUUCCCUUAGUUCACAGGAUCUACAGUAGUUUAGAAAAGUAGCUGCUUUAAAGAUAAUCUGGCUUCAGGUGCUUUGAGCAAGAAAGAGUUCCAUAAGAAAAUUGUAUACUUACCUAAUGAGUACAGGUAGAAUUGAAUGGUUCUUUCUUCAGUAGUUUCCUUCUUGCCAAAGCAAUUCUCUGCACGCUAUAGGAAAAGGGCUAAAAAGUAGAGUGUUCUGGGUAACAGGGGCCUAACUGCUGCUAUAAUAGCCCAUGCAACUUCUUUGAAUUUAGAGGCAAGAAGGGCUCCUCACCAGCUAAUAAGACUGAACAGGUUAACCUGCUUUAUCCAUUCCUGUCCAGGCACAGUUUUUAUUCCAGAGUGUACCGAUGCUGCUUUCUAAAUAAAUAUAAAUACACAUGUGAUACAUGUAUAGACAGUGCAACAUUAAAGUGUGCAAUAAUUAACAGCAUAAGUGCACUCUUCACUAUAGAAACAUUGCCAGACGAGACAGGUUUUGCACCUCUAUUCCUCCUUAUGGGCCUAAUAGGUUGUAUUUUUGUCUACUAGAAUAUACACAAAUGUCAUAACAGAUUUCUCUAGACCUAUAUUGCACAGUACUGACCAGACUAUAUCAGUUUAAAGUAAAAUCAUCACAUGUGUCUUCUUUCCAAGCAACUCAUUUCCCUGUGAUAACAAAGACUUAAUAAUCUCCUGUCUAUUGGGGUAAGGUGAUGGAGGGGUCAAAUAAUUUAUGGCAAUUUUUUUCCCAACAAGUGGUG